UAGAAUCCAAAAACCCCUGAGCCCUAAUCCAUCGAUCGAAGUGAUUCAAGUUCUCUCUUCCGUGUACAAAAAUCGGAUCAGCUCGAACCUUUCAUCUCCGUUAGAUUCGUAGAAGAGGGGGACGAAAAUGGUGGUUCGGAUCCGAUUAUCGAGAUUCGGGUGCAGGAAUCGGCCAUUCUUUCGUGUCAUGGCCGCUGACAGCAGAUCGCCGAGAGAUGGGAAACACCUCGAGGUCUUAGGGUAUUUCAACCCUUUGCCAGGGCAGGACGGUGGAAAGAGAAUGGGCCUGAAAUUCGAUCGGAUUAAGUACUGGUUAUCUGUUGGAGCUCAACCAUCAGAGCCUGUCCAACGGCUUUUAUUCAGGGCAGGGGUACUACCGCCACCUCCAAUGGUGGCAAUGGGACGUAAAGGCGGGCCACGAGACACUCGCCCCAUUGACCCGAUGACAGGUCGUUUCUUGGAUUCAGAGAAACCCACAACCGAUACCCAGUCUAAAGAUGAUGAUGAUGAUGAUGAUGCCUCAUAGUUUCUUCUAAGGUCCUGGUCUCACAGUUUUAGUGUAAGCUUGCCAGUUGGAUCCAUCUCCAUGAGUGAGGACAUAACAUUGGUAAUGAAGAAGAAGCUCCUAUCUGGGGAAUGGAUUAGGAAAUGCUUGGUGGUUCUUUCUACCUGCCGGUUCUUGGCAAUAUAUAUAUAUAUAUAUAAUUUGAUGUUUUAAAGAGAGCUAAGGUGUUUGGAUUUUUCUUGGGCAAAUAAUAUAAUUAUGAUGGGAUAUUAUAAACGAAUAUCGAAUUAUUUGCUA